GUUUUCAAUGCGGCACAUGUCAGUGUUCGGCCAAAAUUCGUAGAACAAAAUUUGAGUUUUGAAAAAUUUGUAAAGUCCGGCCCAAAAAUGUGCAGUGCGUGCUGUAAGUCUUGCAAGGCUCCGCCAGGAUGCUCCCUUUGUCCACCGAUGUGCUGUAGUCCGGGUAUUAGCUAUUGCAUCUUCGAUCUGGAGAGCGCCGUUUUCGACACCCGUCAUGUCUAUAAGAGGGCCGUAAUUGAGCUGGCUGCGAGUUACAACAAGGUUAUCCCCGAAGCGGUUAUGAUACAAAGCGGUCCCAUGGAAACGGCUGAGAUGGCCGAGAUGAUAUGCCGGAAAUGCGAUCUUCCCGUGAGCUGGGAGUCCUUUCGCUUUCAGCUGAAUGAGCGAACAUCCGACUUGAUUGCCAAUCCCACCCUGAUGCCCGGAGUAGAGCGGUUGGUCACCCAUUUGGGGAGGUGCUGUAUGGGACUGGGGCUGAUCACCUCGUGCUCCGAAUCAAUGUAUUGCACUAAGAUCCGUGAUAGGGAGGACUUCUUCCAGAGUUUUUCAUCGAUAAUAUGCGCCGAUGAUGCGGACUUAAAGGCUCCCAAACCGGAACCGGAUGUCUAUUUAAUUGCCAUGAAACGGUUGGGAGAUGCCGGACCAGAUUGCACCCUGGUCUUCGAUGGCACUCCUAAGGGAGUCCAGGCAGCGACGGAUGCCCGACUGCCAGUGGUAAUGUUGGCCGAAAAGGACCUGCCCUGCUGCUGGUCAGAGCUGGCCACUUUACGUUUGGAAACCCUGGAGGAGUUCGACCCGACGGAGUUCAACAUGCCGCCGUACAGCUGCACGGAACCGCCUACCAAAAAACAAAAGGCUCCAAGUCGUCGUAGCUCCCAAAAAUCUGCGGGAAGUCAGCGAAGUUCCGCUGCACUAAAGAAAGCUGCUGCGGAUUCAGAAGCUGAUGAGGGAGAGGAGGAGGAAAGCGAAGGCCAGGAGGUUGCAUAAUUGAAAUCGUCCUGGAUUUUAUUGUAUUCGAUG